UAGUAGUAAAGUGGGUGUCGUAUACGUCAUUUGGCACUUUGGCAUUCGGAACUGUUCGUCACUGUUCGUUAAAUACUGGCUGUAGUUACUACGUGGGGUUGGACGUCGAUUCGAUUUCAUAAAGGUUUUUUUUAUCCGAUACACGGAGAUGCGUACAGAAUAGCAGCAGACAAAAUAUACCCUGUAUCAAAAUGAUAGGGGGUCUUUUUGUCUACAACCAUAAGGGAGAAGUCCUUAUCUCCCGAGUGUAUCGAGAUGACAUUGGAAGGAAUGCAGUUGAUGCAUUUCGUGUAAAUGUUAUCCAUGCUCGUCAACAAGUCCGUUCACCUGUGACAAAUAUUGCUCGAACAUCAUUCUUUCAUAUAAAGAGAGCAAAUAUUUGGCUUGCUGCUGUAACCAAGCAGAAUGUCAAUGCUGCUAUGGUGUUUGAGUUUUUGUUAAAGAUCAUUGACGUCAUGCAGUCAUAUUUUGGCAAAAUAUCAGAGGAAAAUAUUAAGAACAAUUUUGUUCUUAUCUAUGAAUUACUCGAUGAAAUACUAGAUUUUGGGUAUCCACAAAAUUGCGAUACUGGAGUGUUAAAGACAUUCAUUACUCAGCAGGGUGUAAAAUCUGCAACAAAGGAAGAACAAGCACAAAUAACAUCGCAAGUGACUGGCCAAAUUGGUUGGCGUCGAGAAGGCAUAAAAUAUCGUCGCAAUGAAUUAUUCCUUGAUGUCCUUGAAUAUGUUAAUCUCUUAAUGAAUCCACAGGGUCAAGUUCUGAGUGCUCAUGUGGCAGGAAAGGUAGUCAUGAAAUCUUAUUUAUCUGGUAUGCCAGAGUGCAAAUUUGGCAUUAACGAUAAAAUCGUAAUGGAAGCGAAAGGAAUGAAAGGAGGUGGUGGAUUAGGAGGUGGUGGUGACGACCCUACUGGUGCCAGAUCAGGGAAACCAGUAGUGGUUAUUGACGAUUGUCAAUUUCAUCAAUGCGUGAAAUUAUCAAAAUUCGAAACAGAACAUUCCAUUAGUUUCAUACCGCCCGAUGGCGAGUUUGAAUUGAUGAGGUAUCGCACAACGAAAGAUAUAUCUCUACCAUUUCGAGUGAUUCCUUUAGUACGUGAGGUAGGACGUACUAAAAUGGAAGUAAAGGCAGUCUUAAAAUCCAAUUUCAAGCCUUCUUUGCUGGGACAGAAAAUCGAGGUUCGCGUUCCAACGCCAUUAAAUACAGCGGGCGUCCAAUUGAUUUGCCUAAAAGGCAAAGCCAAGUACAAGGCAUCAGAAAACGCAAUCGUAUGGAAGAUCAAGCGAAUGGCAGGAAUGAAAGAGACUCAAUUAUCAGCGGAAAUCGAUCUACUCGAGACGGAUACCAAAAAGAAAUGGACACGACCUCCAAUCUCAAUGAACUUCGAGGUCCCAUUUGCUCCGUCCGGAUUUAAAGUUCGAUAUCUUAAAGUAUUUGAAUCGAAACUGAAUUACUCUGAUCAUGACGUUAUCAAAUGGGUUCGUUAUAUUGGAAGGAGUGGACUUUACGAGACUAGAUGUUAAAAUUCCUCCUUCAAGUCAUAUGCUGUAUAUGAGUAAUCUCAAUGUUGAAAUAUUAAGGUUUUAUCAUCGUCCAACGAUGUAUCGAGCACGGCCAUUACCGAUGAAUCUUCACGAUUCUUGAAGAUUAACGAAAAUGAACAAAAUCCUUUCAUCCACAUCCCCACUUCAACCCUGUACUCAUUUGUGGACUAGUAUUAUUGAAGACGCUUAUGAAAAGAAAUCGUAUCUUCAACUAUAAAGAUUAACAAAAAAGGAUUAAAAAAGUUAUAUCGCCCUGUUUUACGUGCGAGCUCAAUAGAUGUUCAUUAUCAUUAAGUGUAUGUGUUACGUGCAUGAGGUAGGAGGACUUCAUAAUGAUAAAUGAUACGAGUAAAGGUCCUUCAGACUCUUCAUUAGAGUGCAAAUUAUCGCUUGUCUAUAUUGAAUUCAUUUGAAGCUUAUUGCAUGUAAAAUUGGUUAUUAUAACUGUAUCUUUAUUUCGAUCUAUUAUAUCCAAAACUCUAAAUCUAAUAAAGGAAAUACAACUAUA